CUCCGUCUUGGUCAGUCUGUUUUCCCUCUUUUCUCGUUACUACCAUACAGAUUCCAUCGUGGAGCCCAUCCUGGGGAAGGCUACAAUUUCUUUCUUUUAGGUACUGUGUUUGCCUCUCCUAUCCCACAGCGUGCCUAGUAAGGUGCUCAGUGAACCUGCCUACCUAGAGGCAAUACCCCUUCUUGCUGCCACAUAUGGAUCUGGGGCGAGUCAAGGCAGGUCUGGUGAGGGAGGCUGCGUUGCUGCCGCCCCUGCUAGGCGAUGGGGAGGGACUCUUCUGCCUGUGCCUUGUCUCAAAGGCAUUUUUCAUGUCCUGUCCCCCUCGUGCUCCCCAGCCCCCACCUCUCGCCCCUUGACUUCGUUUCAGUUCCCUCUGGAGCGUCCCUUACUGCGGGGGUGACAGCAUCUGGGGGCGCAGGGUCCCUGGUGUCCGCUCUCUUGCCCAUCUGUGCGCAGAGCCUCGUUCCGGGGCGCCUGGAGCCCGGCGGGCAUUGACGUCAAGCGGCAGCGGAUUGCUGCCUACAGACGGUUGACCUGGACCCUCCUCCACACCCCCUUCCUUCCUUGCCCCCUCCCUCUUCCCCGCACCCGGGCUCUGGCUCGGUAUAAAAGACAGGAGCGCGGGGCGCCCCAGCAGCGCCGAGGUUCAGCACCAUGGAGAGCACCCGCUUCCAGCUGCUGCCCCUCCUGGGUGCUGCCCUGCUGUUGCUGUUACCUCUGCUGGGCGCCCGUGCCCAGGAGGAUGCUGAGCUCCAGCCCCGAGCCCUGGACAUCUUCACCGUGGAGGAUGCCUCCCAUGAGAAGGAGCUGAUCGAAGCGCUGCAGGAAGUCCUGAAGAAGCUCAAGAGUAAACGUAUUCCGCUCUAUGAGAAGAAGUACGGGCAAGUCCCCAUGUGUGACGCUGGCGAGCAGUGCGCGGUGCGAAAAGGAGCGAGGAUCGGGAAGCUGUGCGACUGUCCCCGAGGAACCUCCUGCAAUUCCUUCCUCCUGAAGUGCUUAUGAGGCGUCACCCUCCUCCAUCAGUCCCCAGUUCCCCUGCUUCCCCAGAGGACCGCGCCUUCAUUUGUGGAGUUGGGAUUUAGCAACAAAGUUUGCAUUUCCCGGAGGCCAAGGGGCUCUUUUCCUGAUGUUUUCAAAUAAAAGAACAAUGUCGUGUAUGCUUGUAUGGUGUUGAUGUGUGUGCAAAAAUAUUCUCUUUUUAUUUUAUUUGUCUGAUGAACUUUGUGUAUCUUUGUGUAAAGUAGGGGAACUU